UGAAAAUAUAUCACAAUCCGACAACGUAAUCUAAUCAUGUUGGGAACAUGUAAAAAUUGCGUACUUUCUCUACCUAUGAUUAUUACUUUAUGGUUAUAUGCAACCUUGUGGUAGGGAGCUGGAAUUUGAGUAAAAAAUCUCAGGUUCGAAUCUACGAUUUCCAGUCUUUUUUUUUAUUUUGUAAGCCUGUCUCUUCUAUUUUUUUAUAUUCUAGACCUAGAGGAUAUAUGUAUAGCGAAAUAAAAAUUCAAAACUUGUAGUACAAAUUUUAUAUUAACUAUGCGAAAUAACACAAAAGAUCUAACAAGUAAAAGGUCAAUCAACUCCUCAAGAACCACCGUCAUAGUUGGCGCAUCUCCCGUAUUGAUUCCACCUCCCCCGUCUCAACCCCUUUCAGCGGGAGUAACUCCGGCGGUGGUCCAGUGGCCCUCAGCAUCCUCCGGUAGGAUGACGAUCGCAGAACGGAGGUGAAGAACGAUGCGACUCGUGUUCGAGGUGUAUCUCCUGCUGUUCUUCUGCGUCAAGAAGAGCUGCACCAACCCGGACGCCAAAAGGUUGUACGACGACCUACUCAGCAACUACAACAGACUCAUUAGACCGGUCAGCAACAACACGGACACCGUGCUGGUCAAGUUGGGCCUCAGGUUGUCGCAGCUCAUAGAACUGAAUUUGAAAGAUCAGAUAUUGACCACGAACGUUUGGCUUGAACACGAAUGGCAAGAUCACAAGUUCAUAUGGGACCCACAAGAAUAUGGUGGAGUCACGGAGCUUUACGUGCCCUCUGAACACAUAUGGCUACCAGAUAUUGUCCUUUACAAUAAUGCCGACGGCGAAUAUGUGGUUACCACCAUGACUAAGGCAGUUCUGAGCCAUACAGGCAAAGUUUUAUGGACACCACCAGCAAUUUUCAAGUCUUCCUGCGAAAUAGACGUUAGAUAUUUCCCGUUUGACCAACAAACGUGCUUCAUGAAAUUUGGAUCGUGGACUUACGACGGAAAUCAGAUAGAUCUCAAACAUAUUAACCAGAAAGUUGGAGAGAAUAAAGUUGAGGUAGGGAUAGAUCUCAGGGAAUAUUACCCAAGCGUUGAAUGGGACAUCCUCGGUGUUCCUGCAGAAAGACACGAGAAAUAUUAUCCAUGUUGUGCUGAGCCGUAUCCUGAUAUAUUUUUCAACAUCACGCUACGGAGGAAAACGUUGUUCUACACAGUCAACUUAAUAGUUCCUUGUGUGGGAAUCUCUUACCUCUCAGUUUUAGUUUUCUACCUCCCAGCAGAUUCCGGAGAGAAAAUCGCAUUAUGUAUCAAUAUCCUCCUGUCGCAAACCAUGUUCUUUCUCCUCAUUUCUGAAAUCAUCCCUUCCACAUCCCUGGCACUUCCAUUACUAGGCAAAUACAUACUUUUCACCAUGGUGCUAGUGGCACUAUCUGUAGUUAUCACAAUCAUAAUCUUAAACGUUCACUAUAGAAAACCGAGCACACAUAAAAUGGCACCGUGGGUACGAAAUUUUUUCAUUAAAAGUGUUCCGAAAUUACUACUCAUGAGGGUGCCCAAGGACUUGCUAACAGAGCUAGCAGCCAACAAAAUCCCGAACAGUAGGCUCAUGAUGCAGAGAAAUGAGCUGGGAUCUUUAGAUUCGACGGGAUCAUCAAGCUCUUCAUCGUCUAGUUCCUCAAGACAUAGGGUUGGAGGUUGCAACGGGCUCCAUUCAACCACCACACGAAAUAGAUUGAGGGGUUUUGCCGGAGCCCUAGGGGGGCGGUUGGGAUACAAUGGCCUUCCAUCUGUCUUCUCCGGGUUAGAUGAAAGUGACUCGGGUACAAGAAAAAAGUACCCAUUUGAACUAGAAAAGGCAAUACAUAAUGUGAUGUUCAUCCAACACCAUAUACAGAGACAAGAUCAAUUCAAUGCGGAAGAUCAAGACUGGGGUUUUGUUGCCAUGGUGCUAGACCGUCUCUUUCUUUGGUUAUUUAUAAUAGCAUCACUUGUUGGUACUUUUGCAAUACUUUGUGAAGCUCCUGCACUUUAUGAUGAUACUAAAGCUAUAGAUUUGGAAUUAUCAUCUGUAGCUCAACAACAAUUUUUACCAGAUUUAGAAUUUUAGAAUGUUGUUAAUUUCAAUAACUCUUUUCAUCAUUGUUGAUAUUGAAUAAAACACAAAUUAGAAAUAUACGGUAAUUAUUAAACUUUAAGAAAUAUCAAAAAACAUCACUUAAAUUUUAUUUCAUAAAUCUCUCUUGUUAAACCGUUGAUGUAUUGCCACACUAAUUUAUACUCAAAUUUUUUCCUAUUGUUCAAAAACUCAAGGAAAGUGUAGAGGCCCCCACCAGGGC